CAAUAUUCACAUUAACAGUACACAUAGACGAUGGGUUCGUGAAGUGUAGCUUAGUUUGGGCUGGGUUGUGUGGAUUGAGCCUUAUUUGGAGGCUAGUUAGCUCAACUCAACUGUCUGUUACUAGGGUUUGGGAAGAUGCCCCACAAAGUUAUAAGGUUGCGGAUAAUCCAUGAUAAACUCAUGGUAAGCACUGGUUGUUUGUUUAAAAAUGGCACAAGCUAUUUGCACCCAAAUGUACAGUAUUUAGCAGUAUAUAAUAUUUUAACUCAUGUGUACAGUAUGUAGCAGUAUCAUGACGUUUGGUCCAUUCAUUAUGACAUUUCCAUACAAUUUAAAUAACAAUUGCCAGAUUCUGUCAGAAUUUGUAUGAACGUUUAAAAAGUUUUUUUUUUUUCAUGACUGUGGCAAUAUUGGCAAUGCACAUUAUUAAAACUGCCUUUUUUACAGUUUAGCAAGAACUACCAAUACUAUUUGACUUACUCACAUCUAAAUGUUAGAUUUAUACGUUUGAAUACAAUUGUUAUUAUAAAAUUAAGUAGUUCUUUUUUAACUAUAUGAUUAUUAUCUUAAUUCUAGUUAACUAAAGCAAUGUAUAAACAAAUAGUGUAGUUAUAAAUAUGUGCUCUACCUUGGUAUUUAUCUAACGUAGCUAUAUUAACUAUAUUUACCAGCAAAUAAGAUGUAUCCAGUCAUUAGGAUAAACUGCACUGCAAAGUGUUAUUAAGGGGUGAAAUUAGCUUUCCAUUAGCCUCACUGUGCUGCAAAUGCUAGCUAACCUAAGCUAACUACUUGUACCCUGGUGCAAAUAUAUAGUCAGUCCCUAAUAAAAAGCAUUGUCAUCAAUGAAGGACACAUUAAUAGUGUCUAUACUGUGGGACAAUGUUCUUAGUGUGUUGUUUUUAUCGCUUUAAAUCCUUGUUUUAUAUCAUAUAUUAAUGCUCGUGCUCAUGUUUUAUCUUGUUAGCUACUCUGUCAGACCUGCCUGUUUGUUUGUGUGACUGACGUAGUACGCAGCAUGCGCUUGACGUAGUUAGGUGUUGUGGCUACGGAGCGCCGCUGUGAGGAAGUUUUUAAGCAGCUUUGCAGAAUCCAGUUUUGAUAAUCCGCAGCACUCAGACCUUUUGUUAGCUGCCGUUUCAGAAUAUUUAGGAUUUAUUAUUGCCAUAAAAACGAGAAGAAAACGAGCAGAUACGCGUGUAAUUGUUUAAAAGCAGUUUUGUGGAUUAGCGGUUAAGAGCAGCCAGCUAUGGCGUGUACGAAGAAAGGUAGCUAGCUAGCCAAUUAGCUAACUAGCUAACCUUAGCUAGCUAGCAAGUCGGUUUGAAUGCGUGCAGAAGUGUUUCUCCAGCUAGUUAACGUUCAAUGAAGGCGGUCGGUCUGUAGGUCUCGGCUUUGGUUAGUUAGCUAGCUAGGUUAGUUAGUUAAAUCUGUGUCCUAGCUAUCGAUCUGUGUCGUUGUUUGUUUUUUAUCGUGGCGGCUGAACACAAUGCUAGUGAAUCCAACGCGAGGUUUCCACUGGUCGGACGCGGAGACUAGAGCGCUGCUGAACAUCUGGGGGGAGCACGACGUUCAGACGGCGCUCGAUGGAAACUUUCGGAAUAGUCACGUUUACCGCGACGUAGCGGGUCGUCUGUCGGACAUGGGCUACGACCGGACUCCAGACCAGUGCAGAGUACGCGUGAAGAGCCUCAAAAGGCAAUAUUUCCAAGCCCAAAAGGCCGCGAAGAAAAACAGCCACUAUCACAAGAUGUUCAAGUUCUUCGAGGAGAUGGAGAGGAUACUGAGCAACAGACCGCCCACCGCGCACGACGCCCACGACUUCGACAGCGUCGCUGUGGAGGGAGACGAGACGAUGGACGGCACUGAAGAAGAUGGAGAGAGUGUAGACCAACCCCAAGACUCGGACAUCGAGGGCCCUGGGGAAUGUUCUAACGUGGACUACCCUGUGAAGAUCGAGUACCCGCCGUACCCCAUCCCGGUCACCGUCGGCAAUAUUCCACCGCAGCAGAUUCCCCUGCAGACCCCCACCAUGGCAUCCUCUUCCUCAAGCAGAGCAAAGCGAUUCAAAAAGCGCUUCACAAAUCUCUCACUCGAGAAGCUGAUGGAGAAGUUUCUGGAGCAGAGUUUGGAGGCAGAAGAGAAUUUCUAUAGACUGGAGGAACAGCGGCUUCAGGCAGAGGACCUUCGUAGAGAGACAGAACACUCUAGAGAGUUGCACAUGCUGCAGAUGCUGGGCCAGAUGUUUGCUGGCAUUACCAGAGCCGCAGCUACUCAGUCGCCUGCCGUACAGCCUACACGUCUCUCACAGUCUGGUCCCCAUAUACCCCCUGUUCGUCCUUCAUUUGGCAAUCAUAGUCAUCCAGCAUUUGAGGCUGAGUUUGCCAACAGCAGUCAGCAAGCUGCCCCAGUUAUAGAACGGUCAUUCACUCUGGGACGGACAGCACAGCGAAACAUGGACAGUGUCCUCCCUUUGGUUAAAAAUACCAUUCCUCCGCUGACGUCCAAAAAACACAAGGGCCAGGAUGGUCGCAUAGGUGUAAUUGGAGGAUGUCAGGAGUACACUGGAGCUCCGUAUUUUGCAGCCAUUUCUGCGCUGAAAGUGGGCGCAGAUUUGUCUCAUGUGUUCUGCACCAAAGAUGCCGCUACUGUGAUCAAGUCCUAUAGUCCUGAGCUCAUAGUUCAUCCUGUGCUAGAUAGUCCCAAUGCUGUGGAGGAGAUUGAGAAAUGGCUUCCCAGGCUACAUAGUCUGGUGGUGGGUCCUGGAUUAGGGAGGGAAGAUGUGAUCCUCAAGGCUGCCAAGGAGGUUAUUGAAAAGUCAAAAUCCAGAGGAAUCCCCAUUGUUAUUGAUGCAGAUGGGCUUUGGUUAAUUGCCAAGGACCCUUCACUCAUCCAGUUUUAUCAGAGGGGCAUUUUGACGCCCAACUUUAUGGAGUUUACUCGUCUCUAUGAGGCUAUGCACCACAGGCCCCUGGACAGUACAGACCUCAAGAGUUGUGCCCAACAACUAAGCCUUGCAAUGGGCAAUGUGACCAUUGUUUUGAAGGGAGAGGAGGAUAUCAUCACAGAUGGCAACAGAGUGCUAAGCUGUAUUCAUUCAGGGAGCGGACGUCGAUGUGGGGGGCAGGGAGAUCUUCUCUCCGGUUCUUUAGGUGUCUUCGCCCACUGGGCAGUCAGCUCAACCCCAGAUGCAACCAAAGGAAUGAACCCUACGCUCGUGGCUGCAUUUGCCGCUACCUCGCUGACCAGGCAGUGUAACAGGCAAGCCUUUGACCGGCAUGGUCGCGCCACCACAACCUCCGACAUGAUCCAGGAGAUCUGCACUGCCUUUAGGAAGCUGUUUGAAAGUUAAACUAGAUGCAAACUCCACGCCCUGGGUGCUCAGUUUCAGUCCUGUGCAACACGUUUUUUCAGUAGCUCCCCUUAACGGAAAAAGGAAGCAGAGAAACCAGAUGUACACAGCACUUGUUCACACACAGUUCUCAAUCAUCAUGCUUGUCUGCUAAGUCCUUUUAUAACUUGGGUUUUUUUUCCUUCCUUCCUUUCCUUUCUCUUGUCAACUGUGCUCCAUUUCCUGCAGUCUUUUUUUUUUUCCUUCAUUUUUUUAUUUCAUUGUGUUGUAGCGUAGCUGCAGCAACAACAAGAUCCUCACAACUGAUCUAGAGUAGCACUUCCAAGUUGCUUGUUUGUUGUCUGUUCAUUGUCAGAAAUGGGUUCUGGUCACAGGCAGACAUUAAAUGUUGCAUUAUUUAAUUUGACCCACUGACCUUUUGGGAUGUAUGGCGGCAAAACUGUUAUAAAUUAUUAUGAUGUGGCUGGACAUAGUCCACUAAAGCCUGCCGACACCAAACAGCAACAUAAAAAAUGUUAAUGUUAAAAAUAUUUAAUAUAUAUAUAUAUUUAAUCGCAUCAAAACAAAAUUGUAUCAGUGAGCAAAACAGCACCUUCCAGCACUGGUAUUGUUUUCUGCACUUAACCAGACUUUUAUUUCAAAGUGCCUCUUUGUAGGUUUUUAAUCCUGUCAACCACACCAGCCCUUUAUCUCUCUAACAAUGUUGUAUGUUUUAACAUACAGGACAGAUGUUUUAUAUAAUCAAAUCCUACAAUAAAAUCCUUUAUUGUAUUUUCAUUCUGUUCUAUUGGAACUUCUGCAGUUAGAGCCCCAUAUCUAAGUAUGAUUCAUUGACCGUGGUGCUCUUUGAUAUAUAUCUAAAGAUUUUAUUAGAUAUGUAGUUUGCCAAUGUACACCCACAUAUGUAAGAAAAGUGGUUAUUAUUCCUUAUUAGGGCUCAUAUAUAUGCAAAGGCCAUGUCUAGUCUCAUACCCUUGUGGCUCUAGAAGUGUAUCACUGUGCUCUCAAUAUUACCACAUACUUGGAUGACAUCUGUGUUCAACAUUUCCAUUGAUUUUUAUUGAUUUACAUGAUCUAUAUGAUUUACAGCACUUCAGUGUUUUUCUUAUGCAUUCAUGCCAUAUUGUUUUGUAUGUCAAAUUCUUUAAAACCCAUGUUCUUAUGUUUUGACCUGGUCCCUUUUUAAAGUCAUAUUUGCAGGUCUGUGUUCAUAAAAAACAGAUUUCUUUAAUUAGAAAUCGUUUAAUGUAUAUAGGUAUUGGGUAUAAUUUGCAGUGAUGAGUUACAUAUCUUUAUGUAUUCUAACUUCUUUAUAUAUUUUGUCUAUCUUUAAAAUUGUUACAGGAAGCUAUAAUAAAAAUAGAUUCCAGUG